GGUGCACGACGGCACCACCACGACCACCAAUAAGCCUCCCGAGGGAAUGCCGAUCUUUGUGAAGACGCUGACGGGAAAGACCAUCAUGAUCAACGUGGCGGCCAGCCGCACGAUCAACGACGUGAAAGUGAAGAUCCAGGACAGCGAGGACAUCCCGCCGGACCAGCAGCGCCUUAUUCAUGGCCGUAGGCAGCUGGAGGACAGUCGAACGCUCACGCAUUACAACAUCCAGAAGUACGCCACGCUGUACUUGAUGCUCCGUCUCCGAGGGGGCGGACCUGCCUCGCUGCUCACGGGGAUCUGCCCACGUGCCGCCUGUCCUCUGUUUGGUACCCACGUGCCUGCAGAGGACUCCAGAGAUCGUUGCCGCGGAUGCGGGCAACCGUUCGGCAUGCCUCCGGCGGGUGCCCCGCCCGGCCUGCAGGGCGCCGACCCACCCCAGAUGAGCAGCCCGAUCGCCCCUGCGAUGGCGGCGGUGCCCCUGCCGCCUGGCCCCCCCGCCCCUGGGCAUGGCAAUACCGGCUCCGCCGCCGCGGCCGACGCUGCUGCCGCCGGGCUCGACGCGCCGCCCCAGGGUGGGGCGAACGCAGCAGCGGCCAGCACGAUCUUCGACACCACCUUACAAAACAUCCUGGAGGACGGGGUGUGCCGGCACAAGGAGUGGAUCCAGGCGACAAUCGCGGUCGGCGGCACCCCCCGUCUCCCCAGCAUUCGGGAACUCGAGGCUGCGACGGACAUCCAACCCUUGCAUCAAUUGCUCUCCGCCUACGCGUACGACCUCAAUGGUAGUGCAGGCCUAGACAAGUUGGGUCUCGCCGUCAGCGAUGGGCCCGCCAUACGCUUGGAGGACAUUGAGAUGCGCGGAGCGUGGGCGAUCAAGCUCAUGGACCGGUUCGGUGGCACCAAUGUUGCCCUAAAUGACCAAACGAAGGACCUCCGGGACAGCUUCAAGCUUGCGAUACAGGACGCCAAGGACAACCUGGAGAUUCACCUACGAGCACGCCGUCUGCUCAAAGGGGGCCCCAAAUCACUCCCCCGCCGGCAGGAAGUCGGCGCCGACCUCCUGGAGCACCUCUGCACGGGUGGGGCCCUCCCACCAAACACCCAGGUCGCACUACAGCUGAGCAACACGCUUCGGCGUGACCAGAGUUGCACGCAGAAUCUGGUUCCUACUGCGGGCGCGCGCGAGUUGAUGACGUCAUUUCUUGGCGACGCCCCCGCGAUCAAGGCCGCGCUCCAGAGGCUGACGAAGCCGAUCCUCAUCUGGACCCCUGUGGACCAGGGACAACUCCUGAAGCUGGCCGGGGCUAUCCACGCGUGCGCCGAGGCAGGGGUUCUAGACCAGGCCGUGUCCAUCGCUAUACCGAUCGACCCGCUGCCCGGCUGCCGCACCGCGGCACACAUCACAGACGCGUGGACGCACCCCCUCUUAAGGGGCAGAUGGAGGCAGACCGUCUCGGACAUCCAGGUGCUCUACCCACCUGGGAAUGUUAUCUUCUCCGGGAAGCACGCGCCCAUCCACGCCCAGAGGCAGCUGGCGAUCGUCCGGAUCGGCAUGCCAAUCCCGCAGUGCGGCCUGAGGCUGAUCGAUUGGAAAGGCGGCGGCUUCUUCACAUUCGAGGCGGGUGCUACUAUCAGGAUCGACCUCCCAGACCAGCACAAAUGGGAAGUAUGCAAACUUCUCCCCUCGCUCACCCUACCCCACCUUCUCCACAUUGACCCCCCCGCCAGCAGCCCCGGGUCUACACGUUCCACGCGCCGGGCGAUGGCACAGGUUCACUUCCAGACGGGCGUCAAGGACACCCUCGCGACCGAGACGAUCAUUCAUUGGCUCUGCGGCGUCCUGGACCCCUUUUGGGCGGUGGUUGGGCAGGUGGGGGCGAUGAGCAGUACCACCGCGAGGCUGGUCGAGACGAAUAGCGCGCACUCGGGGUACCGCCUCCGGGAUUUGUGCACCAGCGCGCUGGUCAUCUCCAACAAGUUGCUCCUGGUGGAGACGCACCGCACGGCCGAGGAGUGGAACGCCAGGCUCACAGAGGAGUGGCGCCGGGAUCCCGCCACAUCAGCGGAGAAGCUCAUGCGCCGCCCCUCAGACACGCUGCCGGGGACGAUCGCGCAGGUCCAAGCCACCCAGAACCAGAUCGCGGUGGCCCGGAACAUGGCCCUCCAUGCGGAAGGGCCCGAUGAGGCGCGCCCGGACUCCCUGAGGGUGACGCUGGAGCUGCCGCUCGGGGCCUCUGGACCUUGCAACCUCUGGAUGCCGCACUUCAUGAAGUGCGUCGGCGACGCCUGCCAGCUCGAGCUCCAGCCGGCGCAGGAGGCGGACGCGCUGGACUGGCACCGCUGGCGACCGAUCAUGACCUUCGACGGCGGGUGGUCCGGGAAGAUAGUCGUGCAGCUGCGCAACCGCCAGGAGCUGACAACGAUGCACGCGACCAUCCAGGGUCGCGGAGCCCGCAUCCUGGACCACGUUGCUGCCAUCAACCUCAGCUCAGACCACAUCGGCGACGCACAUGCCAGCGCUGACGGACCCUGGCUCGCACCAGCACGCAUGCCUUACAGUGGCAACUACCGGGGAUGCUUCUGGAACGCGCAGGCGCUCUGGGCUGCCCGUACGUCGAAGCAGAACGCCAAGUUCGGCCUGCUCACGAGGCUCCUCGACGCCCACGACUUCGCUGGCGUCGCGGAGACCCAUGGCACCGACGGGAAGGUUCGAGGAGGACACCUCCCCGCCGGGACGGUUGCCUUUUGGUCGCAUUUAUCCGAGCGCCAUGCGGGAGUGGGACUUAUCUUGAAACAAGAUUUUUUGAAGAAUUUCCACCCUGUGGAGCACGACCAUUGGAAGGAGCUGGAACCUGGCCGGUUGGCGGUGCUUCGACUUACCGGCCCGCUGGGCAACCUCGACCUCUUCGUGGCCUACCUCGCCACUGGCGGAGAUCGGGUCGAAGACCAAGCAAGCAGGAGGGCAACCAUCGACACCCUCCACCUCAGCACGACAUCCCAGACGAGCACUCUCAGCAUUUACAUGGGGGAUUGGAAUCUCGUUAUGGAGGAAAAGGACAGAUGGUGCAAAACAUCGGGUGCUUGGACGGGCGCGAGGGACCACGAGGAGAAACUUGCGUUCGAAGCAGUGGCACUACAUCCCCAUAGGAUGCACGAGCUCGAGCAGGACCUGCACACGUUUCACGGCGGUCUGCACCUCGCGCGCCUGGACAGGAUCUAUAGCAACCACCACGUCCUGGAGCAGAUCGACAAGUCCAUGACGUGCACUGCGCUUCAACGUACGCGUCUGUCGGGCCAUCGCCCCCUCAGCUUCUCCUGCCGCAAGCGCGAGGGGCUUCCGAGCGACGCUCCGAACCUCAACCCGCACCACUUGCGGAAUGCACGCUGGGCAAAACGGGUCGCGGCAGAGUUGGAGGAGCUCGAAAAGGAAGACGCCCGGACCAACGACAUCCGACGGCUCAUCUUAGCCAAGCGGGCCAUGAGCACUGUCUCCAGCAACGCGCAGAGGGAGGAGGAGACCAAUCCGGCAAGGAGCAUUGGGGACCAGCUUAGCUGCACCCUCAGCUUCAUCCGUGCCGCUGAGAAGACCCAUGUCCGGACGAUGCGCCGGAGGGCGGCGGACUACCCUGAAAUUCGAGAGUACGUUGAUCCAAAAGACCCUGAGGCUCGCAGCCGGGACGGUUUUCAGCGUCUGAAGGACCAUGCCCUUGAUCUCGCUCGCCAAUCGCUCACGGAGGAGAUGCGGGACCUCGCGGCCGCCCAACUUGAGCCGAAUGACCCGCGCCGGAAGGCUCGGAAAGAACACAUUCUACGGAAACUCAAGCGACUCGUCCCUGGCGCCAGUGACGCAAUCAAGGCCGUGAAGGACCCAGAACACGGCAUGUGCACGUCCCCGGAGGAGAUCGCCCGGUCUCUCCAGCGCCAUUGGAGCAAAGUAUUCAGCAGUAAAGCGAUAGACGCUGGCGCACAGAGCCGGCGCAGGAUCCGCCUGCCGACCCGCAGCUGGGAGUGGAGAGUCAGCCACCAGGACGUGGCGCAUGCGAUUUCUCACAGCGGGAACACCAUGCCCGGACCUGACGGCAUCCCAUUCCAGGCUUGGAGACAGCUGGGCCCGCUGGGCGUGGACAUCCUCACCAGGGCGGCAUGGGCGCUCGAGCGCGAGGAUGCCGAGGACCUCUUGAUUGACGGCUACCGCGACGAGUCCGACGAAAGCGACCACUUCUUCAACUUGAGCACGCUGGUCUGCCUGCCCAAAAAAGCAGCCGGCACCACGGACAACGACCUUCCCUUCUUCCUCCCGGAGGGGACGCGUCCCCUUUCUAUCGUGAACUGUGACAACCGCAUUAUCGCGAACGCGGUCCGGAGCAAGUGGGAAAACGACACCGCCUUGGUGAUCGACAACAUCACGGAGCAGGGGCCCCGGCUGGCUCGCUUGUUCGAUGAAUUAUCCCGCUUUUCUGGUCUGGAUCUCAACCUCGGCAAGUGCAUCGUCAUCCCAUUUGACGGCGGGAACACGACGGAAUUCCAGCAGCAGCUUGCCCAAAACGUCCCCGCACGGGGCCAGAUGCAGGUUUGCCUGAAGGGCAAAUACCUCGGCUUUAUUAUCGGGCCCGCCAAGGAGGAGGAGAGUUGGAGGGAACCGCUUGAGAAGUACGUCUCACGCUGCCGCGUUUGGUGCAAUAUUGGCGCGGGGCUGCAGUGCAGCGCCCUCGUCUACAACACUUUCGUCGCAUCGGUGCUGACCUUCGUCAUGCAGCUGGAGCGCCUCCCGGACGAAGCCCUGGCGCGGGAGUCGCAGGCGCAGGACUACGUGCACCGGGUCUUAGGAGGGAUGCGCAAACUACAGAAUUCCAUGGCCGACGACGUGUUCCGGAAAAACUUCCAGAAAGUUGCGUACCAGGGCAUCUUGGACAACGAGGCCCCCCACGCUCUGAUGCGGGUGCGGCACAAAUUCAACCUCCGCCACCUGUGGGGUGCCUCUCUCUUCCCACAGCCGCCGGGCACCAGCGUCUUGCAGAGCACGCCGCACUACGGGGCUCGCCGGGCCCUCCGGCAACUUCAGGAGCUGAGGGCGGUGGACUCAAUUGAGCAUUACUGCCGAUGCCCGUUGACGGCUCGGCUGCUGCAGCGGCGGCUCAACCUGGGCGCGUCGAUCUUUGGCAACCUCCACACGUUCAUGCUCACGAACAUCCACAUCAAAGACGAGGAGACGCUAUGCAAGGUAGGGCUACUGAUCUACGCCGUAUACAACGCCGUCAACAGCAUUCGACACAGCGAGGUGGCACCCGAGGCCUCCUUCGACUGCAUGUGCCAAUCCUUGCGGGAGGCGGCCAAGGGGCACAGGUACUCGACCGCGAAGAGCGUGAUCGUCCCCUUCCUCUACUGCUUCGACAGCUACGGCGCGUGA